AGAAGACAAAGGAAAAUAAACUAGGUGAUAAGGAUGCAAAUCUGAAAAAUGAAAAGGCAAGCACACUGUAAGAUAAAAUACCACUUAAAAAAAGCUACUGGUUUUAUAGAAGACUUGAAGCUGUUAUUGAUGGGUUCUACCAUAACAAACUGUGUUGCAGUACAUUGUGUACACUUGUGGUUUAUAUAACUUUCCUCUUUAGUCUUGUUUUGCACUUGCUGUCUAUUUGCCUUAGAGAGUCUUGCCCCCCCCCCCUUGCUCUGUUUAUACAGUCUUUUCUGAUAGAUUGAUCAGAACUAAAUGUGGUUGCCAAAUUCAGGUAGUUAAUAUAGUUUUAAAACAUUCUUAAACCUCUGUGACUGAGUAAUCACUAGCAUCUGAAAACAUCUUGCAGUGUCUUACUGGAAAAAGCUUUUCAUAACUGUGGUGAAGUGGCUUAUGUUCUGUAAAUUAACCUCUCAUAAUCCAUAACUAGCAUGACCCAUAUAAUUCCCAUGUGGUCUACAGCAGAAUCAUUGGAUAUUAUAUCCUCUCCAUAAGCUGUUCUAAAUUAACACAUCAUUCUGUCUACUAACUGUUCUUAGACCAACUGUGUGGGUGAAGAUUAAAACAUUAUUUUACUACCCAUCUCUGGUGCUUCCAUAGGCUGCUACUAGGUGUUUCAUAAUCAAAAUGAGCUGGUUUACAUGAACAAUGUCUUCAAAUUAGGGAGUUUAAUUUUUGGUUGAAUCAUCUCCCUGAGUUUAUUUAAUGCGCAUACAUGUGCGUAUAGGGAAAAAGUCUUUUACCGCAAGGGUGGUGAGGCAGUGGGACAGGUUGCCCAGAGAUGUGGUGGAUGCCCUGCCUCUGGAGACUUACAAGGCCAGGCUGGACCAGGCUCUGGGCAACCUGAUCUAGCUGUGGUUGUUCCUGUUCAUUGCAGGCGAGUUGGACUAGAUGACGUUUUAAAAGUCCCUUCUGACUCUGUGAUUCUAGGUGCUAGUCCAAGAAUGGAAAUGGCUAAUUGGGACAGUCCCAACUUGGGUUGUGGUUGACGUCCAUUGUGUUGAUCAAAUGAGUUGCAGGUAUUAAAACUGAAGUCCUGUCUUAGCUGCUAAUCUCACAGCCUUCCUCCAGCUCUGGUGAAUACUGCACACUUCGGCAAGUCCAUCCAGGACUUUUGGCAUGGGGUAGUUUACUGCAAAUUUGAUUGGCUCUUAGAUGGGCAUGAUGAGAAUGAUUUAAACCAUAGAUGAAUGUAUGUAGUAGUGGAACCUCUUUGUGUAAUGUUGAGGAGAUAAAUUUUGACUCAUCACAUCUAGUGAGAUUCUUCUACAUAAAUUAUGGAACUACAUCUUCAGACUUUGAAAGCCUGUUAUUUACUUCCAGCUAUGUCAUUAUUUCUAAUAGAUGAUUGGUUCUUCCCAGAAGCUGCUGCUGCUUUGUGCUUAAUCAUAGUUCAACUCUAUUAUUCUGACUCGGAGAUCAGUGAUUCCACAGUUGCCUUAUUAAAAUCAUCUGUCAGCUCUGAAAAAAGUACUGCUGGUCAGAUAGUCAGGAUGGCACAUAUCAAUGAAGUACUCUGCUGUCAAGAUACCAAAAUACUGAGCUUCUACCAGGAAUUAGGCUCUCCUAAAUGGGAAUAUAGAGAAAAAAACCUUACAGUAGAAGCAAAAAACAUGGCGGAUGGUGAAAAGAAUUUAGGUACUCCCCUUAAAAGAAAACAAGUGGUACCUACAUAUUGUUUGGAAAAAAAGAGAUUACUUGCAAAGAACCACGUUUCACAUGAAAGGGGAUAUUACUGGACUUCCAGACAGGCAGAAUCUUCUGAAAAUGAGUUUUGUGAUAUCAGGAGUUUAGGAUAUGAAGAAAAGAGAGAAUUGAUUGCAAGCAUAAAAGAAGCAGCAGCUUUUGUAACUACUAUGAUAUUUCGAGACGGUUCUUCACAGCUCAACUCAGAGCAGACCUUAACCUCAUCAGUAAAGGGAAUUGUUGUAUUAGUGAAGAGUCGAACAGAUCGCCUUUGCUCUCUCAGUUUCUCUUCAACUGCCUGUACUUGGAGUGCUGCUAGUCAACAUGAUAAACUCAUUUAUUUGAAAACUGAAUGCUCUUCUCUUUGGGAACAAGAAGAACAGUCUCACAACAAAUUUGCCCGGCAAGUGUUGUUUCAAAUACUACGUUGCAAAGUUCCAGUUAUCUGCUUUAAUGCAAAAGAUUUCCUGAAGACUGUACUUCAAGUUUAUGGUAGUGGAAUUAGCUGGAAACAAGUUGCUGAUAGCGUUGUGUUAGAUCCAAGGAUUGCAGCAUGGCUGAUAAACUCCAGUGAUACAGUUCCUUCUUUUGAAUGUCUAAUACAGUAUUUUGAAAAAUCUUAUUCAGUGGAAACAGUAUAUACAGAUACAGGCGCUUUGAGAAGUUCUUUGCACCAAAACUUGGCUGUGAAUUUGCAAAAACUUUAUACUAUAAUGAUGGGCCUUGCUCAUGACUUACAGGUUCAAGGUUUGUGGAAAUUAUUUUGCACGUUAGAGCUUCCAUUGAUCAAAGUUCUGGCAGUGAUGGAAAUGCACAAAAUACACGUGAACAAACAAGAACUGAAAAAAACAUCAGAGAUUCUGGGGCUGAGACUCAAAGAACUUGAAGAGGAAGCCCAUCAAAUUGCUGGAGAACGAUUCCUUUUGACCAGCAGUAGUCAAGUCAGAGAAGUACUGUUUGAAAAGUUAAAACUGCACAUGCUGUGUGAGAAAAUUCCAAGAACUGAAAGACAGCAAGUUGCAUCCACCUCAGAAGCUGUGCUAAGUAAAUUACAAGAUCGUCAUCCUUUGCCCAAGAUUAUGUUAGAAUACAGGCAGGUUCGUAAGAUAAAAUCAACCUAUGUGGAUGGGCUACAAACAUGCAUGAGAAAGGGAUUUAUUUGCCCUACAUGGAAUCAGACAGGAACUGUGACUGGCAGACUUUCAUCCAAACAUCCAAACAUUCAAGGUAUCUCUAAACAUCCAGUGAGAAUUACAAACAAACAGUAUAUAAAAGGAAAAGAAGAGGAAAUACUAACCAUUUCCCCAAGAGCACUAUUUGUUUCAAAGAAAGGAUAUACAUUUUUAGCAGCAGAUUUUUCCCAAAUUGAAUUAAGGAUCCUUGCUGACUUAUCAGCAGAACCAGAACUGUUGAAACUAUUCCAAGAACCUGAAACCACCGAUAUAUUUACCUCGCUGGCUUCUCAGUGGAAGGGGAUUCCAAGUGAACAAGUGAAACAAGCUGAUAGAGAGCAAGCAAAGCGUGUCGUUUACUCAGUGGUUUAUGGAGCAGGUAAAGAGCGUCUUGCUGAAUGCCUGGGAAUUACUCCUCUUGAAGCUAGUCACUUUAUAGAGAGUUUUAUGCAAAAAUACAAGAAAGUACAUGAAUUUACAAAGAAAACCAUUGGACAAUGCCAAAAUAAAGGUUAUGUGGUUUCCAUUAUGGGACGCAAAAGACUGCUUGCUAAUAUCAAUUCACAGGAUUACAAACUUCGCACUCAAGCAGAGAGGCAGGCUGUCAAUUUUGUUGUUCAAGGAUCUGCAGCUGAUCUUUGCAAAAUGGCUAUGGUUGAGAUUUUUGCCUCUGUUGUUGUUUCUCCAACUUUAACAGCCAGGUUAAUUGCUCAGAUUCAUGAUGAGUUGUUGUUUGAAGUAGAAGAUUCCCAAAUCCAGGAAUUUUCAGCACUGGUGAAAAUAACAAUGGAAUCCCUUCAGCAAACCACAGCCUUGGAAAUGCCACUGAAGGUUCCCUUGAAAGUGAUUCUUACCACUGGGAAAUCAUGGGGGUGUAUGACAGAAUUGCAGGAGAUGUAAAGCAGUCAUCGGGGAUGUUAUUCAGUACCCGUACACCUCAUUGGCCUAUGCUGAUUCCUCGCUGAAUCACUAGGCAACAGCGCUGCUGGAUCUUUCAUAAGCACCUAAUACUCUGCAUGUGAAUUUUUUUACUUCAUUUUGUCUGUAGCCCUAGGCAACAGCAGUGAGAUAAAACUGGAUUUUACCAGUUCAUUGUGUUUCCUUUAGCCAAGGUAACCAGCAGGGAGCUGCUUUUGUUCACAGCUAAAUUGCUACAUGCAAGAAAUGAAGCAAGACAAUAUUAACCCUUUGAGAACAUGACAGAUAUAUUUGAGUUAAAUGGAUGUUUAGAUUUUAGUAUUAAAUGUUUUUUGAAGUGCUUUUGUAAAAAUACUUAUAAUCUGGAAUUAGAAUGACACUGUAUGAACUGUACCAGCAGCUGCUUAACUGUUGCAUUCUGCUUAUUCUGUAAUUUGUGAGUAGAUGGCAGCUGCUCACAUACUGAAUGUCUUUUUCCAGUGACUUAGAAAAGAGUUCCUUAGAAGUGAAGAGUUUUCACUUUACUUCGUACUUAGGAUUUUAGAGUAGAACAAGUAAACAAAAACUGCAUUAAAUGUAUAAAAAAAUA